AUGCUGGCGGAGCUUGCGCGUCGUCGCUCCUUGUGGCUGCGCUCAUCGCUCGCAACGACUCGGUGGCAGUCAAGUCCAGCGCCAAGUCGUGCGACCAGAGCGCGUGUACGAGACGAAGAAAAAGACGAGGAGGAGGGACAUGUCGCAGUCAGGACCAAGCCGCUUGUCGAUGGUGGGCGAUCGCUCCGUCCUGACGAGCCUUCGAGCCUCAAUUUCCAUCUACAGCUGCAGUUGAAGGAGAUCAAGUCACAGGACUGUGAAGAGAAGAGGAGACGAGUGGUGCAGGAUCAGAAGGGGCAGUCUACGAGAGUUGAGGAACAGGUGAAGCUGCAGGCGGAGGCAGAGGCUGGAGAGUUUCUCUCGCUGGUCGCUACUCGCGGACGCCCGGCCAAGAAAGACGUGGACAACGCCAGAGCAAGUUUACAGAACCUAGCGAGGGGUUUGGCAGACCCUCGUGCAGCAGUGGCGAGGGAGACGGGGUUCCAGAGAGCCAGGAGGCAGUUGAAAGCUGCGACGGGCAAAUUGGAUCGCAUGCUGUACGCUAUGCGAAAGCGACGGGACUUCGCGCAAGUGGAAGCAGUGGCGUUUGUAUAUGAGGAAGAGUUGCCGCAGUUUGCAGGGCAACGCAAGCACUGGUGUGUUAUUUGUGAACACUACGCCUUGGCUCUCAAUUAUGAACAACGGUUCCAGGACGUUGUGGACAAGUUUUCCAGCUGUUAUCGAAGUCGAAACGAUUGUGAAGGGAGCGCGAAAGACGUGCAUUUGCUCACGCCACGACUCGCCCAAUCCAUUUUUGUGGCACUUGGCCAUUUGCGCGAGGCCGGCCAAGCACUGCAACUGCUUGGAACGAUGGAGCGCCAUGGUGUCAAUGUAACGAAGGUGUCGUACUUUCACGUGCUGAAUGCACUGCUGCACGACGAACGAUUCACUGACUUCGAGAAAGUGAUGCAAAUCUGCGAGGAUAUUGGCGCCAAACUUCCUGGCGAGACUGUGCCGCUGUCGCUACUACCAAUGAUAAUGAUGACUGCUGCAGCUUGUGGUGAAUCCAAGCGCGCAAUGAAGUUUUAUAGUCACCCGCCAGAUAGGCCCAUGUCGAUCUUCACCGAGUUCCGUUUCGAGAUCUGCUUACAGCAGCUACAUCAUUUGGGAGAAGAUGCGAUGCUGAUGGAGAUGUACCGCAACUUGAUGGUAUCGUCACAAGCAAGUCACGAUCUAAAAGUGCGGGUGUCGAAGUAUCUAUUAAGGAAGAGAGUUGCACUUGCUACGGCUGACACUCGCAACGAGUGUCUAGACAUCGCGUGUGAGAUCCUGAAAAUGAUGAACCAGCACAAGAUUCCCGCUAGUCAUCAUGCCAUUUACCCGUUAUUGCGUGCGCUACUGAUCGACCCAGUACCUUUGAGUGGUGAUGAGAGCAGCAGCAACGAGCAACAAGGCGAGCACGUUCAAUUCCAAGUGAAGUGCGCAAAAGACCUACGCGACUUUUUCACGCGGUACUCACAGUCAUUGGAGUGGAAUGCAUUUGUGUUAUGUGAAGCAAUAGUUGCUGGUGUUCGUGCAGAUCGUGCGGAUAUCGUCGACGAUUUGUUUGUGUACGCGCUGGACAGUGGCAUGUCGAUCAAGUACGCAGCACUGGAGCAGGUAGUGGUUUACUAUUACCGUCUAGGCCUUAUCGGCGAUCUCAAGCGAGUGUCCGACAUGGUACGAGCGUUGCGUUUAAACAAAGACAUUCCUUUGGGCAUUGCAGUGACAGAAGUUGGGAUGGCAGCCAACCUUCGUCUUGGUUGCUACGAAGAAGUUGUCAUGCUUUUCGAGGAUUUCUCCGCUUUGGAUGGCGAGCACCGACGAGUUCUGCAGCGCCGUUUCAUGCUCAAGACAGUGCUCGAAGCGUACAAACACUUGGGACGCGGUGACGAAGCGAUGGCGAUCCAAGCGCUGCUUUACCAGAUGCAUGGUACUUUAUUAGAUUCAAGUAAAGGUGUCGACAAUGGAGCAGCCGACGAGGAGAUGCGAGUUGCUGAAGAUAGUGAGAGUGCAGACGACGAGACUGAAUUGAUGCACGACAGCAGUCGGGACCUCGUUGUUGAGCAGGAGCGCCUCUCUUUGCGUCGCUUCAACCGUUAG